AUGUCUGCGAUUCGAGUUUUGCCAGCAAUGCAUCUGAUCCGGAGGAUUUAUACCGCGCUCAUCCUAGUCAAGCUUCACUUUGCGGCCGUCACAUCAUCUAACGAAGAUACUCGACUGCAAAUAGACCGCCUUCAGGUCUUCAGCCGUUUACAUUACAGCAUACGAAUGAUUCGGUCCUGGUUUGAAGACAGCGAUAUAAUUAAGCGGGAUGGCUCGUGGCUGAAUGUGUGGCGACUUGGUCCAGCAUAUCAGAGUCCUGUGGAUACACAGUCCAGCACUGAUCUGGUUGGGUCUAAUGAUGGGUCAUUGCUAUCUCCUGGCUCUCAAGAUCCGCCCUGGAUAGUAUCUGUGGACCCUUCGGAUAUGGAGACCAUGCGCGUAUCUUUCAAUUCUUCGCUGGACUUCAGUGGCAGUGCGUUUACUCCUACAUCCAUUGAUCAGCCCAUCGAUUACUCGCUACUUCCCAGCCAGAUAUCUCCAUCGGCACCCAACGUCUCGGUUGGUGACGAUCUUGGCAUGAACUCGAACAUGAUAGAUAAAAGGAACAUCGAUGUCACCCUCGACAUGGACCUAGAACUAAACCAGCUUCCCAGCAUGCACUUCGACCCAAAUAAUCUCCAGCUACCAUCGUCCCAUGACUCGGACGGCUUUUACGAAAACUACACGGCGGAAGAUACACGGAGAAACGACUAG